AUGGAAGAUGUAAUAGCAGUAUGGCCAAUAGGGUAUCGCUUUAAGCCAAAGGAAGAUGAACUUGUGAAAUUUUUUCUUCAAAGAAGAGUGAGAGGAGAGCCCCUGCCAUGGAGUCCCAUUAUGGAAUGCAAUCUUUACGGAAACGAGGCUCCAUGGGAGAUUUUUGACCAAAGUAAUGGUCAAAAAGUGUGGUAUUGUUUUACAAAAUUGAAUAACACCGGCAAAAGCAAGAAAAGGGUUUCCAGAACUGGCGGGGGUGGAACUUGGCGCGGCGAGAAGUCUGGUGUUGAGAUUGUUGACAGUGAAACCAACAGAAUAAUUGGUGUGCAGAAAACUUUUGUGUUCAAGAUUAAAGGAGUUACUGAUAAGCUUGUUAGUUGGAUAAUGCACGAGUUUUCUCUAGUGGAGAAGAAAGGUGACGAUAUUGUGCUUUGUAAAUUGAAGAAGAAAACUAAAUCUAGCAAUCAAAUAUAA